AGAGGAGGGGGUUGUCAGUGCUGCUGAACAGAAAGUGAAAGUGAGAGGUGCUGGGUGGGUCCAGAUCUUCAGAGCAGCUUUUCGAUGCCAGUCGUCCUCAGCAGCACCAGAUUCUGGAUCAGCUGUGUAUUUAACCCGUCCGGAGGUUUUGGCUGAAGCGGGUCCUGGAGACGAUGAUGAUGCAGAGGAGCAGAGGAGCAGGACAAGCCAAGGAGAACCGAGAAGCAGAGAGGAGGAGAUUGCCAAAAUUCCAGAACCCUGCAAAGAUAUGGAAGAACCGCAGACAGCAGAACCACAACCGCACCGCAGAGGAUGAACCGGACCGUGAGGGGGCUGUGCAGCAGGAGAAGGAGGAACAGUUGGAGGAGAUCAGCAGGAGGCUGAUCACCAGGGAGGAGCAGCUGUUCAGUCAGGUCUCCCCCAGUGAGGAGGACGAGGACCAGCUGCACAAGGACUUCGAGGCUCUUAGACUGCAGUUAUGGAUGGCUGUCCACAACACCUUCACCUCGCCCUCCGCCUCUUUGCAGCACUUGGAGGUCCUGAGGAGCGCUGUGGCUUCCAUCCAGCAGCAGGAGGUGCAGGACCAGCGCUGGGUGGGGCAUCUGGGAGACCAUGUCCCAGUGUGGCGUCCUCAGAAGUGUCUCAGCACUCACAACAGUCUGCUGCGGAACAUGGUGGAGUCCAGACUGUGGAAGGCCACAGAGGAGGAUUCGAGCGGAGCUGAUGGACUGUCCUCACCUGUGAAGAAGGAGUUGUGCCGUAUGGGGAAGCGUGUGAAGGAGGACCUGCUGGUGGUGGUGAGGACGGUGAAGGACUGCUACCCUCCGCAGAUGGACAUCGUCAACGUGUACGCUGGACUCUACCAUCAGAGCUUCUCGGCCCGGCUGACUGAACUCGCUGCUUCUGACCUGGCAGCAGACGACAGGACCUACCUGCUGUUCUGGGUCAACCACUACUACCCACAUGACAUAUUAGAGCAUGAAGACCUUCAGGGGAAGAUAAAGACGGCCUGUCUGGGUUCCCUGCUGCUGCAGGACCAUCUGAACCCUCUGGAGGACCAGUACCUGGCCCACAAAGAGGACAAAGUGAAGUCGUGGCUCAAAGCAGCUCUGAGGAAAGAAGAGGAAACCUGUCUGCGCCGCGGGAAACCUGAAAUCAUUGACCAAUACUGCUUCAGUCCUCUGGCUGUAGAUGUCAUACAGAUGAUAAACAGCUCACUGACCGAGCUCAGCUGUGUGAUCAGAGACCAGAGCAAAGCUCAGAGGAUCACAGCUCACCUGGAGAACUUCCUCAGCAGCUAUAAGAAGCGCGUGGAGGAGUUUGUGAAGGGAGGCCACAGCGACACCCAGUCAGUGAUCAAAGCUCACCUGGUGUGCGAGCAACAGUUCAGGGAUUACAUCACAGGUCAAACAGGAAGUCUGUCGGAGCAGCAGAGACGCCGCUGUCUGGACACUCUGUCUGCCCUGUGGGAUUGUGGGUACAGAAGUUUAACCUGUCCCAUUCACAUCCAGCUGAAGGUGUGUUUCAGUCAUCUGUGGACGUCUGGCUGGCUUGACGGGUCGCUUCCUGUCGUCGAUUCUCUGCUGGACUCACUGAACCAACAGCUGACCGACUUGACUGACCUGAAGCCGGCCUGCAGACAGUCCCUGCUGAGUGUCCUCCAUCAGGAUGUGGUUCUUCGGUACGUGAAGAGGCUGAUGAAGAGCAGGAUGAAGAGCAGAGAGCAGCAGGAGGGCGGAGCUCAGCGAAUGAUCGAAGAUGCACAAAAGAUAAAGGACUUCUUCAGCAAGGAGGGCUGCUCAGAGUCUCUGUGGCUGGCCGAGGUGCUCUGUGGCCUGGCCGAGAUCCUCCGUCUGCGGGAUCCUAGAAGUGUUCAGCUGGAGAUGGUCAGCAUGGCCCAAAGGUUCCCCGACCUCAGUGACGCUCACGUGUCCGCGCUGCUCUCUCUGAAAACCGGCCUAUCAGCUGCUGACGUUCGCUCCAUCAGGCAGAGCGUGGAGGAGAACCGCCACCCGCAUGUCCCCACCAAUCACAGCCCUCUGUUCUUCUCCAGGGUCAAAGUUAAAUGGAUCAAUAAUAAGAUCAAUCAGAUGGGGCUCAAGACCUGAAUUGUUUUAGUAUGUUAGCGUGUUAGCGUGUUAGCAUGUUAGAGACCAGCAAACAGUAUUUCGUGUGUAGUGUGUUCCAGUGUUGCUGCUUUAUCAGUGUUCUGAAAAUGGACAAGCUUAAGAUCUCAUGGAAGAACAUGAAGACAGCCACUGCAGCUCAGAUGGAACCUGGUGUUACUGUUCAGUCUCAUGUGGUGUUCCUCAGGGUUCAGUCCUGGAUCCUCUUCAGCUCCAUUUGUAACACUAAUUUGAAUUGUUUUUCAUAUUUGUAGCACUUUUCACCCAGACAGAAACACAGCAGAAACAAACAGCAGUGAAAGAAGGAUCCACGUUCUCUGAAGUCCUCCUCUCCAGCAGAGCAUAUCAGAUCCUGAUAUCAGAUCCUCAUGUGUUGGGAGCCCUGUCCUAGGAGAACCAGGACCUCCAAGCAGCUUCCUGAGCUCACACAAACAGCCUGUUUCAGCUUUGUCCCUGAGGCUUUUUAAUGAGCUGAUUCAGCUGAAGGGGGAGGAGGAUUUUCAUCUUCAUCCUUCAGUUUAUCACAGACAUUCAACACAUCUGGACACAAGCUGAAGCUGGCAGACUGACGGAGUGCAUUGAAAAUAUUCACGUCUUGCAGAUGAUGUCGUGGAGAAGAAGCAUGAAGUAGACCUUGAAUUGGUCCUUACAUACAGUAUUUGUGUAAAUUUAAUUAGUCACAUUCUGUUGCUGUAUAUAAUUUGCAUUUUUGUGCAUGUCAUGAAGGUGAAGCUGAGAUUUCAGCCUAUUUGUCACCCAUUAACAGGAAAUAACAGCUCAUCUUUAUAUUUCUUCACUUCGCUCAUGUAUCUCCUUCUGGCAUGUAUUUUAUGUGAUCAGUGCUCGGAUUCUUUAUAAACAGCA